AUGGGAUUUCAUAGCAAAUGUAUCAGGUUUGAAGGUUGGCGGGAGACAAAAGUAAUAGGUUUGAAAAGAACAGGGAAGAGUUGCAGGCUACGUUGGGUUAAUUACCUAAAUCCUGCUUUGAAAAGAGGCAAGAUGACACCCCACGAACAGCGCCUUGUUCUUCAACUUCAUUCUAAGUGGGGAAAUAGAUGGUCAAAAAUUGCUCAGAAAUUACCUGGUAGAACUGAUAAUGAGAUCAAGAAUUACUGGAGAACCUACAUGAGGAAAAGUACUCAAGAGAGGAAGAAAUCAGCUAUAUCUCCAUCGUCGUCGUCGUCCUCCUCAUCGAAACCUUCUUCAUCAUGUAACAUAAUCACAGAGAUCAAAGAGCCCAGUUUUUAUGACACCGGAGGUCUUAAUGGGGUAGCAAGUAAAGAGAAAAAACUCAAUGCUCUAACAUCCACCUCGGAUAUGGAUCGAACUAUCUCACGACGAAUUGAAUCCAAUAACGUUCAAGAGAAAGAAGAAAACACAAAAUUCUACUCCAUGGAUGAAAUAUGGAAAGACAUUGAAUUGACUGAGGAAAAUGACAAUUUCCCAAGUCAAACAAUGGCAUCUCCAUUAUGGGAUUAUUGUCCAGACUUUCUUUGGCCCAUGGAUGAAGAAAACAAGAUGUUUCUGCCAAUGAGUUAUCAGUUUCAUUCUUUCAAUUAA